AAAUGCCCCACAUAUUUGUGCCGCGAAUGACCAAAAAUAUAAGCGGACUUGAUGCAAAAAAACAACCGUUUUAGCGCUAAUUCGUUUUGCUAUAUAAACGAGAUAUUUCAUACUGGUUGCCAACAAAAGCAACUCAAAGUAUCAAUGGAGUCUUCAUUAGUUUGUGGAUUGCUUAUAUUUUUGGCGAUAGUCGUCACGGAAUGCUCGUCCGCGAAGUUGCCGAAUUACAAUGACGAUGCACGAGACAAAUCUACAUCUUGUUCAAGGAUGUUUGACUUCGGAACCCAGGGAAGCUGCUUCAAAUAUGUUGGUGACAAACUACUAACAAAAGUAGACGCGGAACGAUACUGCGAGAGAAACUUCCACAAUGGCAGGCUAGCUCACCUACAGACGGAUGAAAAAUAUCGGUCAGUGAUGAAACAUUUUUAUCGUGUUUUUCGUCAAGAACGAAAAACUUACGACAGUACACCGACGGCAUGGAUUGACGGGGUUUGGAUACCAGGAACAAAAUCAAUUUUAUACAGUGACCUAUCUGUCGAUUCCGCUUCUAGCUGGAUGCCCAAAACCAAAGUUUCUGGAAAUGAUGUUAUUACCUGGCCAACAAACAGAUUUGGAUACGACGCAAUUUGCGUUGCUGUGUCUCUGUGGCAAAGGGAGAUGUUAGGCCUAGGUGUCAAAGAAAUAUCAGGAAUGUACAAUGUAUAUUGCAAUAAACUGUAUCGUACUCACCCCCUCUGUGAAGUCACAAUGUAAUGGAGACUCUCUUUACAUUUUGUUGUUUAUGAUUGAUUAAUUUGCGAUUGUUUUAUAUUAGGAUUUUCUAACAACAAAAAAAAUUAUUACCAAUUAAGGUACCGUUCAC